AUGUCAGUGGAAACUAUCACGACCAUCUCGCCGGUCACCAACAAGCCCAUCCUCACCCGCAAUGGCCUCUCGGAUGUCGAUCUGCUCUCCAUACCAGAAACAGCUGCACGUGCUUUCGAGUCCUACCGUCGCACUUCUCUCUCAGAGCGUCAAGCAAUCGUCAAAAAGGCGUUGAAAUUGCUGGAUGAGCGCCAAGAUGCCUUGGGCAAAGAGCUCACGGAGCAGAUGGGCCGUCCUAUUAACUACACGCCAAAGGAAGUCACGACUGCCGUAGCACGCGGCGAGUACAUGCUCAAGAUCAGUAAUGAGGCUCUCAAAGAAACCGAAGGUGAAGCAGAGAAAGGCUUCAAACGCUACAUCAAGAAGGUCCCCGUAGGACCAGUAUUAAUUCUUUUCCCUUGGAAUUAUCCAUACCUGACCCUUGUCAAUUCACUAAUUCCAGCCUUGCUUGCGGGCAAUUCUGUGGUUUUGAAACCAUCCCCACAAACACCCACGAGUGCGGAGCAGAUCAAACAAAUUUUUGCAGACGCUGGACUGCCUGAAGGUGUUCUACAAAUCUUUCACAGUGGAUCAAUCACCCAAAUCGAAGCCAUAGCGCGGUCACCGCAGAUCCAACUAGUAUGCUUCACUGGAUCGGUUGCCAACGGUCUUGCUGUACAGAGCGCUGCUAGCGAUCGUGUACCGAUUCGUGUCGGGCUUGAGCUUGGAGGCAAAGAUCCCGCGUAUAUUCGAUCUGAUGUCGAUAUCAAGUGGGCAGCCGAAGAAAUCGUCGACGGGUCAGUCUUCAACUCUGGCCAGAGCUGUUGUAGUGUCGAGCGUGUCUACGUCGAUGAGAAGAUUCACGAUGAGUUCAUCGCCGCUCUUCAGGACGUGCUGAAGGGCUACAAGCUUGGCGAUCCCAUGGAGAAGGACACGCAUGUGGGCCCAGUGGUUUCCUCUCGUUCCGCCGACUCCAUCCGUGCGCAUAUCAAGGACGCUCUCGAGAAGGGUGCGAAAGACGCCACGCCAGACAAUGCGUCUUUCAAAUCUCCUCCAGCGGACGGAAAUUUUGUUGCCCCGACGCUCCUGACCAACGUUGAUCACAGCAUGGCUGUGAUGACCGAAGAAACCUUUGGCCCGGUCAUCCCAGUUAUGAAGGUCAAGAACGAUGCUGAAGCUAUCAAACUCAUGAACGAUAGCCAAUUUGGAUUGACAGCCAGCAUCUGGACCAAGGAUACCAACAAGGGUCACGAGCUCGUUGACGAAGUCGAGGCUGGCACUGUCUUCGUCAACCGUUGCGAUUACCCUGCACCAGACCUCGCUUGGGUGGGGUGGAAGGACUCUGGAAAGGGUCAGACGCUUUCCAAAUUUGGAUUCGACCAGUUCGUCAAGCUAAAGAGCUACCAUGUGAAAGACUACCCGAAAUAG